AUGGAGAAAGAGGGAGGAGACGAGGAAGAGAAGGAGGUGGUGUUGGUGGUAACGAUGAUUAUUCUAAUAAGGCACAAGGUAGCGGUGAAGGCGGCGGUGAACGGGGUGGUAAAAAAACUAAGAAUAGCAUUUUUCGACGAUAUUACUCAGUGUUCAAUAGGAAGUAGCUCAGAUUGCAAUGAGGAUGUAGCGUCGUCGGACAAGCGGAAGCUGCACGUGAAGCGGCCGAUGAACGCGUUCAUGGUGUGGGCCCAGGCCGCUCGCCGGAAGCUGGCGGACCAGUACCCGCAUCUCCACAACGCCGAGCUGAGCAAGACGCUGGGCAAGCUGUGGAGGAUGCUGAACGAGGACGAAAAGCGGCCGUUCGUGGACGAGGCGGAGCGCCUGCGCAAGAUCCACAAGCAGGAGCACCCGGACUACAAGUACCAGCCGCGCCGCCGCAAAGCCACCGUCAAGGGCGCGAACACCGGCGCCGGGGCCGGGGCCAACGGCGCGGUCGGCGGCGGCGGCUGCGGGGCGUUGACGGGGGCCGUGAGCGCGGCGCAGGGCGCUGCCAUGGCGGGGACGGGCCCCGCGCCCAACGCCGUCCCCGCCGACUGCGGCCCCCCCGGCGGAGGGCCCAGCCGCCCCGGCCUCCCGGGCCAGCACCCGCUCUCCAUGUAC